AUGCAUCUCAAGCAUCCUGAUUUAUCUCUUAAGCAGCUCAACCAUCAAACUGCCUGUUGUUUACGAAAGCCGCACGAGAUGAAAGUUAUGAUGUGGCAUAAAACAAGCUGCCAAGCUUGUAUUUAUUUAAUGGUUGUAGAUUUCACGAUACUUUUUGUUGAAAUGAAAGCAUGUAACUCAAUUAAAUAA